AUGCAAUGGCCUAACAGCUAUCAAAUGGGAAGCCUACCUCCAGUAUAUCAAUACUCAAAAGAUCAUUUGGACAUCUACCAGAACGGCAGUAUUCACACUGUCUAUCCAACAGAAUCAUCGAAUUCCAAUUCAAUAGUGCGAUCGAAAUACGGGAAAAUGCGUUCGUCGAACCGGAGUAAUAAUACCAGUUUUCAAAAGCAAAAGUUGCUAGAUGACGAUGCAGAAGAGAAUAAUUACGUGUUUGAAACUCUUUCCCACUCUAGUAAGCAGACACCGUCAUUCAGACGAAAUGAAACACUCAGUGGAAAAAUUAGCAGUCGAUCAAGUGUUACUCUCAACCAGACUAUUAUUGGAGAAGAGCAAUGUAUUUGA